CCUGAGACAAGUACUUCGACGUUUCCUCAAACUAUGUAAGAAAAUGAAUGUACGGAUAGCUCUGUUGGACAUAAAGCCUGCGAUACAACCAAUGGAAAUACUCUAUCUGGAGCUGUAGUUAUGUAUUUUCGUCUUCGCCUUUUCGUCGCUAUGGUUACGGAUUUAUACAGCAUGGUGGCGUGAAUAGAGGACUGAAGCACAAAAAGACUGCAAUAAAAGAAAUAAGAAAUAAGUGUGCAAUGUUCAAAAGUAAGACCUCUGGAAAUAAAGGUCCUUACAGCUAUCAGAAGAGAAGAGAGUGGGAAACUCGAAACUGUGUGCGGUACAAGUGCGCCCUGACCAACACCAUUCUCGAUGUUCUUCGGCAGAGGCCAGGCUGGGUGGACGUGAAGGACCUGAUGAUGAACAUGUGUGUUGUCGAUGGCAGUGAUGGAGAGUGGGAUUUUUACUGGUGUGAUGUCGGGUGGCUCAGGGAGAACUUUGACCACAUCUACAUGGAAGAACAUGUACGGAUAUGUCACUUUCGUAACCACUAUGAGCUAACCCGGAAGAACCUGAUGGUGAAGAACCUGAAGAGGUACCGCAAGACGCUGGAGCGAGAGGCUGGCAGGCUGGAGGCGGCCAAGUGUGACUUCUUCCCUCGCACCUUCGAGCUGCCCAGCGAGUACCACCUCUUCGUCGAGGAGUUCAAGCGAAACCCGGGCAGCACAUGGAUCAUGAAGCCAGUUGCCAGGUCACAGGGAAAAGGGAUCUUUCUGUUCCGCAAACUCAAGGAUAUUAUGGACUGGAAGAAGGAUGGUAACCGGUCAGAGGAACAGAAGGAUGAAGCACAGGUGGAGAACUAUGUGGCCCAGCGGUACAUCGAAAAUCCCUACCUCAUCAGUGGUAGGAAGUUUGACUUGAGAGUUUAUGUGCUGGUAACAUCAUACGUCCCUCUAAAGGCCUGGCUCUACCGAGAUGGCUUUGCUCGCUUCUCCAACACUCGCUUCUCUCUCAACAGUAUCGAUGAUCAGUAUGUCCAUCUCACAAACGUUGCAGUACAGAAAACAGCUCCGGAUUAUGACCCUGAAAAGGGCUGCAAGUGGCAGAUGCAGCAGCUGCGGCGCUACCUGACGGCCCGCCACGGCUCGGAGACAGUCGAGGCGCUGUUCAGGGACAUCGACACCAUCUUCGUGCGCAGUCUGCAGAGCGUGCAGAAGGUCAUCAUCAACGACAAGCACUGCUUCGAGCUGUAUGGCUACGACAUUUUGCUGGACCACAAUCUUAAGCCGUGGCUGAUAGAAGUGAACGCCUCUCCAUCCCUCACAGCCAGCAGUCAGGAGGACUAUGACAUGAAAUGUCAUCUCCUGAAAGACACGCUGCAUGUUGUAGACAUGGAGGGCAGGCUCAGUGGGAAGGAGAAGCGGGUCGGAGGCUUUGACCUCAUGUGGAAUGAUGGUCCUGUAUACAGAGAGGAUGUCAACCUGGAGGCCCUGGGCAGCUCCUGCUUCUCUGCCAACACUCACUUAGCAGGCUGUGUCAAUGACAGGAAACAGCAGCUCCGGAAGCUCCUGAAACCUCUUCCAGGACAGAAGUCAAUAUGAGAGAUCACAGGCCAGCUACACAGACCUGACCUGCACAGAUUCCAGGAACUUCCUCACACCUGACAGAACAUCUGGGCUGAAAAAAUCAAACCCAUCUAUAUCCCCGUGAGCUACAUGUAUUUUAGUAGGGGAAUGUAAAGUGUGAAGCAAGUAUACAGUAUUUCCUUCUUAAGACAUUAUUGAUCUCCAGUGAAAUACUAUUUGUUCCUGCCCUUUUAUUUGAUCUGUGGUUAGCUAUUUAUAAACAUUUUUAGUAUUUGUUACUUCAACCCACAGUGUAAAUGGUAUAAACAGUUGUUAAGUAA